AUGAGCCAACUGACGUACAGCUCAGCAGCUGUGAUGCCCUCGCUUCAUUUCGCCUUGACUGGCGGUAACCAACAGUUUCGAGUCCCGUUCCAGGCGUCACGGAAGCCGGGGCCCAAUCUACCUUUUCGCUACCUGAACUGGGGUGGCAGCAAAGUUGUGUCCUUGCUUCAUUUCACCGUGUCCAGACGUUGGCCUAAAUCCAACAAGCUGUGGCCAAAGUGA